CCCCUCGGUGACGCCGCAGACACGCGUGACGCGCGCUUUUCCCCUUUGCUCGUGCUCGUCUCACGCGAGCCAGCCUCGUCAGCUCAGGGGCGCGUGCCAAACGCGAAGCGAAGGAGGGGACAGCUCCCAGGUGCUGAAAUUGGUCGGCGCUCGAAAGCGAAAGAGAGAGGGGAAGAAAACCAACGCCUGCAUUAGACACAAAUACAAAACCCGUAUUCUGCAACACAGGGGCAGAUACAGAUAGAGCCAAGGUCUUCAAAACAGAUGGCUGCCACUCAGGAUGUAAAAGGAAAGGGAGAGGGCGGGGACCAAAACUUUGACUACAUGUUCAAACUGCUAAUCAUAGGCAACAGCAGCGUGGGCAAAACGUCUUUCCUGUUCCGCUACGCAGACGACGCCUUCACUUCGGCCUUCGUCAGCACAGUGGGCAUCGACUUCAAAGUAAAGACUGUGUACAAAAAUGACAAGAGGAUCAAACUGCAGAUCUGGGACACAGCAGGCCAGGAGCGCUACAGGACCAUCACCACUGCCUACUACCGCGGGGCCAUGGGCUUCAUCCUAAUGUACGACAUCACCAAUGAGGAGUCCUUCGGUGCUGUGCAGGACUGGUCAACCCAGAUAAAAACCUACUCGUGGGAUAAUGCACAGGUGGUGCUGGCUGGAAAUAAGUGUGAUAUGGAAGAGGAGCGAGUGGUCUCAGUGGACAAUGGCAGACUGCUAGCAGAACAGUUGGGUUUUGAAUUCUUUGAGACCAGCGCCAAGGACAACGUCAACGUGAAGCAGACCUUUGAACGUCUCGUUGACCUAAUUUGUGACAAGAUGUCCGAGAGCUUGGACAGUGAUCCGGCCGUCCCCACAGGAGCUCCCACUGCCAAACUCACAGACAGCGCUCCGCCCCUCCAGCAGUCUGGAUGCAACUGUUAGUGACUGACGUCGGGAAGCAAAAGGGAGGGCAGCGCGGGUCCUCUAAGGUGGUAGUGUGCAGAGUUUUGUUCUCCCUUAUCACUCCUGCUAGUGCUGCUUUCUCUGGACUACAGCUCAAACCCUGUUUAGUAGUAGAAUUACAAAAUAUCACCUUAUAUCAAGAGCAAAUAACCAGACAAACAGACAUGGCUAUUGUAAAAUGUGCAACAUUACAGGAUAUCUAUAAUAUAGAGACACCGUAUUCUCAUUCUUCUACUAGUUAGUAUGGUCAUAAACCAAGUAUGUGUGAUAAGGCUGGAAAUAGUCCAUAGUCAUGAUGUACAGUUAAUCCUUAAAACCUUUAAAAAAUCCAUAAGACCUAGAAUAGCUAUAAAAUGAGGGAUAGAGUCAGUGAGUGCUUACAUUUUUAUUUUUUGUACAGUAUGUAUUUUCUUUUUAUAGGAUUAUUUUGUCUCCUAUAGCUGCCAAAUCGAUGAUUUAGUGCACUAUAGUAUGUAGCGGCUUUCCUUUGUGUAAUGAGUGUGUGGUUGUUGUGUGACUGUACAGUAAGUGUGUGUGGGUUUGCAUGAGUGUGAAUAUUACAUCUGAGUCACAAACGAGUGCUGGAACGUUGUCAUCUAAAAAAAAUAAUCUACCUUGGAUAAAAAAGUGGCCUUUUAGCAUCUCCAACACGGCCUGUGUAGUUCUUCUGUCAUGUUUACUUUUGGAAUGAUUCCAGUGUGUAUAAUGUUGCUGUGAGUACUAUUCCACGUUUUGCUGUCUGUAUAUGUGUAAUUGCUCUGAUAAGUAUAUCUGUAAAUCUUAAAAGCAACUAUUUCUAUGUGCUUAGCCUCUUAGAUGACCCGUUAUAGUUUGAUACGAUAAGCAUGCUGCCAAAAGUCUAAAGAUAAAGCCUAAACAUCCUCAACUCCAUAUGAUAGAUGUGAUCCAGCAUUUCAUUAAAUACAAAUCUCACACAAACAAGACACAGUACAGUGUAUGAUAUACAACAACUGAUCAGCUCUGGCAUGGAAGAAACAGCCAUAUAUAAAAAAAAGAAAAGAAAAUCUUUGUGCUUUAUUAAAAUGAUUUCCCUGCUUAAAAAAACACCAUAGACAUAGACUAAACACUAGUUUAAAAUCUGAAUGCAGGCAUGGACACUGAUGUAGUGGUGUUGGAUGAUAACUUGAAGUCAAUAUAGUAUAAAGGUUAUAGCUGAAAUCCAGAAAGCAUUUCAGUCAUACAACUCAUGGAAAAAACGUGCCAAAACGUUCCGAUUCCUUUAGCAUCAUCAGUUGCUUGUUGCAUAGUUGAAUAAAAACUCCCAAAAAAUUGCAUGAAGCCAGUUCUGACUUAUCUAUGUAGAUUUAUAUAAUAAGAUGUGUAUAUAUCACUCUGUGUUACAGAUUUAGAAGCAUUGUCAUAGCAGUUGCUGUGAGAUGCAAUGGGCCAAUAAGUGCAAUAUUUUAUGAAUGAAACCCUGUACAUAGUUUCUCCUGUCCUUGAGUACAAAGACUCUAUCUGCAGUAUGUGAGUGACAGUUCGGUCAGAAUGGCUCUGAAACUGAUGUACAACCCUAAAAAAAAGUGAGAGUGUGCUUCAUUCAGUGACGGCAGCCACUGAAUGUGUGACUUGGUGUGUGUGUGUGUGUGUGUGUGUGUGUGUGCGUGUGUGUGUACCUGCCAUAUUGAACAGACAAAUUACGUAAUAUAGUGCAUUGUUUGUGUAUACCUUUUGUACAAAUGUAUUCACGUACUAUACGCUGUUCCCGCUAACUGUUGGGUGUUGGUUGAUCUUGUAUUAUCAUGUCAAAAAUGCAGUGUUAUUGUGAAAGAUAGUCAGGGAGAUAACUUAGUCCAUGCCAUCUGCCAUACUGUCGAAAUUCUAAGAAAAAGGAUUCACGUACUCUGUGCGUGUGCAUCUGUGUGUGUGUGUGAUAUUAUAAUUUUAUGCUAGUAGCCACGAUGUAAAUUAUUAUUGUGUUGAUCUCCCGUCAAGAUUCAUUUAAUAGACAAAUCUCAAAUCUGGUCCAAUCUCAUUUUAGAAAAAACUUUACAUAUAUAAUUAAUAUAUUUGUUUCUCAGAGUGCAAGCAAAGUUAGAAGUAUGUUUUUGAGAUUAUAAGAAAUAAAUCAAAUUCUAUCA